GUCAUUGGCUUUCUCGGCAGCGUUCGGUUAAGAACUAACAGAGAUCUUGCCUUAAGACUUUAUUGUUCACUAUAGUAAAUAGAUUUAUUUGUAUGUAAAAUAGAAAAUUUACUAUUCUUAUUUAAUUAAAUUCAUUCCAAUUACAAAAAUUUCAGAAUAAUUCUAAAAAUGGAAAAACGUGUUGUACUUGCUUAUUCUGGAGGUUUGGAUACAUCUUGUAUCUUGGUAUGGCUACAGGAAAAAGGAUUCGAAGUUAUUGCUUAUAUGGCCAAUGUGGGCCAAGACGAAGACUUUGAAGCUGCUAGGGAAAAAGCAUUGAAACUAGGCGCUAAGAAGUGCAUUAUUUUGGAUCUGAAGAAAGAGUUCGUAGAAAAUUACAUAUGGAUGGCAGUGAAAUCCAAUGCUAUCUAUGAAGAUCGUUAUUUGAUGGGAACAGCUUUCGCAAGACCAUGCAUUGCCAAAGGUUUAGUAAAGGUAGCUAAAGAAGAAAAUGCUGGGUAUAUAUCUCAUGGAGCCACUGGAAAGGGAAACGACCAAAUCCGCUUCGAAUUAUCUAGCUAUGCUCUUUACCCACAAGUAAAGAUUAUAGCACCGUGGCGAAUGGAGGAAUUUUACAAUCGAUUCAAGGGUCGUUCAGAUUUGUUUGAAUACGGAAAGCAACAUGGUAUCCCUUUUUCCAUAACUCCAAAAGCGCCAUGGAGUAUUGAUGCCAACAUUAUGCAUAUCAGCUACGAAUCUGGCAUUCUUGAAAAUCCAGGUACGGAAGCCCCUACCGACUUAUAUCAGAUGACAAAAGACCCAAAGGACUCUCCUAAUGUUCCCGAUAAAAUUGAAAUCGAAUUUGCGGCCGGCGUUCCAGUAAAAGUAACAAACUUAAACGAUAAAACAGUUAAAUCUGAUGCUUUGGACUUGUUCCUCUAUUUGAACGAACUUGGAGGGAAACACGGAAUAGGCAGGAUCGAUAUUGUUGAGAACCGUUUCAUUGGUAUGAAAUCUAGAGGUAUCUACGAAACUCCUGCUGGAAAGAUCCUUUAUGAUGCCCACAUCGACAUUGAAAACUUUUGUAUUGAUAGAGAGCUUAGGAAAAUUAAGAGCAUGCUUACGGUACAACUUUCUGAGCAAGUUUACAGAGGAUUUUGGUUUAGUCCAGAAUGCGAGUUCACCAGAAGUUGCAUAGACCUGAGCCAAAAGAGUGUUAAUGGAAAGGUUGUUUUGAACCUUUUCAAAGGAAACGUUUACGUUUUAUCUAGAACUUCCCCCAGUUCAUUGUACAACGAAGAGUUGGUAAGCAUGGAUGUUCAAGGAGACUACGAUCCUAAGGAUGCUGCAGGGUUCAUAAAAGUUAAUGCUCUAAGAACAAAAGACUUCAAAAUGAGCCAUACAGUUCUAUUGUCUGUGGACAAGAGCCAAAAUACUAAGGACGCUGUUGAAUGUAAGAAUUGAAUACGGAAUUAAAUUCUCUUAAAUUAUCUAAUAUUAUCGUUCAAUAGACUAUUCGAAGAACUUGCACAAAACUGGAUAUAAAGUUUGUUUACUUCAUGUCAUAGAAAUUCCAACUGAUGCACAAGCUGCACAGACCAGCCUAAUGACUACUGAAUCCAUUGAGCAGCAUUACCAUAAGGAAAAGAAGAAGACUUUGGAUAUGGACACCGCUCUUAAAGACUUAUUGGUCAGCUAUGGAGUACCCGCAGAUGAUAUAUUCUUUAAAGAUAAAUUUGGACUUAAACCAGGAGAAGUUAUUGUUCAGGCAGCCGAAGAAUUAAAAGCUGUUAUGGUCGUUAUGGGAACAAGAGGAAUGGGUACCAUAAGACGUACAAUUCUUGGUUCAGUAAGCGACUACGUUGUUCAUCAUGCCCACUGCCCCGUAUUGGUUUGCAGACAUGCAAAACAUUAAAGAAUACUUAUAAUUUACAACUUAAACUUUAGUCGCUUCAAUGUGGAAAGUUUUUGCACAUAUUCCUUUUUCAUUUCUUUAGUCUACAAAGUUCAAAAUACUAAGAAUUAGUUUUUAGAAAAGUUGAUAUUAUUUGAUAUUCUUCUUAAACUGCUCUAUUUCUUCAAAUAUCAUAUUGUAAUACGUUUUUUAUCAACUUUAUAAAGAUCUUAUACAUUUUCUUUGGUUUUUCUUUUUCGAAUGAAAUAUUUUUUUUAUACGAUAAUUAAAAAAAAAAGUUUCUAUUUCUCUUUGUA